UUUUUAUAGAUAAUCAGACAUUUACUGCCCAAUAUGAACAGUCCAGAUGACCUUUCACAGUUAGCUGACCUUUCGGAGGACAACCUCACUAAAGUAGUCAAGACCAGAUACGAAGAAGACAAAAUAUAUACAAACGUUGGUGAAAUUCUUCUUGCAGUUAAUCCUUGCAAAGAUCUUUUAAUAUACACAGAAAAUACCAAGAAGCAAUAUGACUGGAGAAAUUUCGAAGCAAAACCUCCUCCACAUGUGUUCGACAUUGCAACUAGAGCGUAUCGACGCAUGCGUCAGGCAGGAGGAAACCAGGUUAUACUGGUGUGCGGCGAAUCAGGUGCUGGAAAGACCGAGAGUGUAAAAUACAUGGUUGAACACCUUAUGCACAUGGUUGGUCAUGGAACCGAAGACCUAAACGAAAGGAUCGUUAAGAUUAACAUCUUACUUGAGAGUUUUGGAAACGCCAGAACAAAGAUGAAUGUCAAUUCUAGCAGGUUUGCCAAGUUUUUACAGUUGAGCUUUGGAGAAGACGACCGAGUAAUAGGAGCAAAGGUUCAGGAUUACAUGCUUGAAAAAUGUCGAGUUGUAUCCAGGACUUCUAAUUGCCAUGAAGGAAACUUCCACAUCUUUUAUGCCCUAUUUGCUGGAUUGUCCGAAAAGGAGAAACAAGACCUUUAUCUACAGAAGCAAGAAACUUACGAGAUACUUCAAGGAAGUGCUGAAAAUUUACAACAUGAAAAGAAAGAGGAAUAUCGCAGCAGAUUUAAAUCAAUUCAACAAAUUUUAUCACAAAUCGAAAUGACAGAAGAAGAACAAAAGAUAAUGAAAAAGAUGCUAGCUGCCAUGUUGCAUUUGAGUGAAAUCAAAUUUGAUGAAAAGGAAAGCAGUGUUAAAAUAAAGUAUGAGGAAACUCUAGAGCAAGCUGCUGAACUAUUAGGGGUGGAAAAAGAAGAUCUAAGGAAAGGCUUGAUUAAAAAAUCCGCAACUGCAGGUAGCGAAAAUACAAAGACAGAAGCUGAAGUUAAUAGAGAUGCACUAGUAAAGCAUACAUAUGAUAGAUUGUUUGGAUGGGUAGUAAAUAAGAUUAACAAAAACCUGGAUCCGAAUAGAAAAAGGAAUGUUGGGAAGAAAAACAUCGGAAUUUUGGAUAUUCCAGGAUUUGAGAAGCUUCAGGAUAACAAAUUUGAACAACUGUGUAUAAACUUUGUAAACGAGCAACUGCAGGUUUCCAUGAACCGAAUCCUCAUUGAGGAAGAAAGGCGAAUUUAUCAAUCAGAAGGAAUUUAUCUAGACAUUGGAGACAUAAGUAAAGGAGAUUCAUGUGUGGUUGAUAUUUUUGAAAUGAAGACAAAGGGACUGUGGUCAGCACUUGAUGAUAUUACAAAGCUUGGGAAUGAUGAUAGAGAAUUUCUGGAAAAAUUGCAAUCAAAUGCUAGGGACAUAGACAAGCAUCAUAAACUGAAAUUUACCAGAGGCAAAGAGACUAAAUUUAGUAUUCAACACUUUGCAGGCGAGAUUUGGUAUAACUGUGAUAACAUUCUUGAAAAAAAUCGAGAUAAGCUGACGGAAGGACUAGAAGAUGUCAUGAAGAAAAGCAGUGAAAAAGUGAUACGUUCCUUGUUUUCCGCCGACAAAUCAAUUACUGGCACAUUCUCUGUCACAUUAGCAAUGGAACAAUUCUCCAGCAAAGAAAUGUUGACUGAAAAACAAGACCAUAUCGGCAAAAAGGGAAUUCAUGGACGAAAAAAACACAAUACAGUCGUUUCUUUCUACAGGGAAUCGAUAAAGGUAUUAAAAAGAAAUUUGAAUGAGGCAACACCACAUUUUGUCAGAUGUAUUAAACCAAACGAAGAACUCCGACAGGACUCUUUUGUCGUCCCAUUUGUCAUGAAGCAGUUGAGAUACAAUGGCAUAUCUGAGCUCUCAAAAAUAAGAAGUAAUGGAUUUCCUGUCCGGAUAAAAUUCGCAAACUUCUUUGAAAGGUACCAGAUGAUUCUGCCUAUAGAACACACAAAUGAAACGGGAGAUUGUGUGAAAACUAUUAUAAAUACUUUACUCAACUCUCGACCUGAUUUGAAAUUGAAUGGGUGCUUUAAAGUCGGAAAGUACACGGUGUUUAUGAAAGAAGAACUGAGCAACUUCAUUGAGAUGCUUUUGAAAAAGGAACAAGAUAGACGGGAAAAAAAAUUGAUUGAGGAAAAAAGGAAACAGGAGGAGAAAUUCAAAGAAGAAGAAAGAUUAAGGAGAGAGAUGGAGAAAAACAAGACAGGGAAAAAUUCAGACAAAAACAGAGAAACAAGAGAAACUGUGAAGUGGGAAGACGAAGUAAAUUCAAAAGAGAAGCUCGGACACUCCACUAUUACAGCUGAAAGUAGUCGCUUGUCUUUGUCUAAUUCUGAAUAUGUACAUGGUGAAGACAGCCAAAAGUCGCAGAAUAAAGAGGAAAUACAACUGAAAGAUAUAAAAAAAGAUAAAGAAUCAACAGCUGAUUAUAGUCAAAGCAGUGUAGAGAAAACAACUGUAGAGGACCAUAAUGAAAGAAAAGAUGUCGAGAAACCACCUCCUUCAACAGCAAAAAAGGAGUAA